UUAGCUGUGUACACAAGGCACAUUCCAACUGGAUACACAAUAGAGAAUCUGUCGGCCUCGUAUCUCAACAAUACAGUGAAGGAUGAACAACACCAACUACACUCUUAACAGCACUGGCAGUCAGUGGAAAACCAUGGCCACGACUUUUCCUGCUCGUGUUGCUGAAAGUGUUUUCGGCGAGGACUCCUCAACAGACUACUCAUAUGGCUUUGCCACAGAGUCCAGCAUCUACAACAUCACCGACUAUCCUUACAUGGACUACAAUGUGUACGACGACUACGAUUUCGGGAGGUGUGUGUACGAGCGCUAUGAGGCCUAUUUCCUCCCAGUCCUCUACUCGAUCUUCUUCCUCCUGGGCCUUGUUGGCAACACGCUGGUCAUCUGGAUCAUAGCUUGUGGUGUGCGGCUGCGCAGCAUGACGGACGUGUCCCUCUUGAGCCUGGCCUUUGCCGACCUCCUCCUGGUGUGCUCCCUCCCCUUCCUAGCCCACCAAGCCCGUGACCAGUGGGUAUUCGGGGAAGCCAUGUGCAAGAUCGUCCUGGGUGCUUACUUUAUUGGUUUUUACUGCGGCAUCUUUUUCGUCACCUUGAUGAGCAUUGACCGGUACCUGGCUAUUGUGCACGCUGUUUAUGCUCUGAGAGCACGGACACGGUUCUACGGUGUGAUUGCAGCUGUUGUUACAGGGCUGGCUGGAUGUUUGGCUUCUUUUCCUGAAAUAGCCUUUCUCGCAAUAGAAGAGUCUAGAAGCACAAAUGGUAAUAAGACUUAUUACUGUGCUCCCUCGUAUUCUGCAGCCAGAGAUAUAGAAUCCAACAGGCACUUAUGGACAUUGUUUGGCCUUUUUAAAAUGAACAUUCUGGGAUUAUUGAUCCCAGCUGUCAUCAUGGGAUAUUGUUACACCAGGAUUAUUAUGAGGCUGCUGCACACCCAGUCAUCCAAGAAACAGGCCAUCCGUUUAGUUGUUGUAGUGGUAGCCGUGUUCUUCUGCUGCUGGGUGCCCUACAACGUGGCGUCAUUCUUCAAAUCCUUGGAGCUACUGGAUGUCUACGCGGCAUGCAACAGCAGCAAGGCCAUCAGAAAGGCUUUGCAGGUCACCGAGGCCAUCGCCUACUCCCACAGCUGCCUCAACCCCAUCCUGUAUGUGUUUGUCGGGCAGAAGUUCAGGAAGCACCUGCUGAGGCUGAUGAACAGGUCACCAUGCAGGCUGUGCCAGAUUAUGAAGACCCUCAUCCCUCAAGACUCCAGAAUCAACGGUUCAGUCUACUCCCAAACCACCAGUGUGGAUGAGAGGAGCACUGCUAUGUGAAGUGGGACUCUGGGGAAUGAGAAUGGGCUGGGAUAUGUGUGUGCAUAUGACUGGAUGUGUGUUUGUGAGUGUGUGAGAGAACUGACCCUGGGCAAUACAGCUUUAACAUUUUAAAAGCACAAAUUACCAAAAUUGUCAAGAACUUUCCUUUGAGAGAGGACUGAAGACCAGC